AUGAGUACGUUAAAUGACAUAUCUUUGGUUGAAUACAACAAUUAUCAAAGAAAUAAUAUUACCAAUGCAAACAUGAGGGAUUCCCAUUACACAAAUAAUAGCAACAACAACAGCAACACUGAUGAUAAUAAUCAUGACGAUACUUCAAUAUAUAUCAUAGAACCAAUAAGAGAAGAAGAAGAUUUAUUACGACAGUUUACUCAAUGGGAUAACUAUGUAUCGAAUAGCCAUGGGUCUAAUACACCUAAAUCAUCACCACAGCUAAGACAUAGACAAAAGCACGGACAGUCCUUAAUUGAACAGUAUAAAGAUAGCACACAUAAAGAUACGUAUCGAACCAUUAGGAAAUUUCCUUCUAUAAGAAGCAAAGAUUUUACAUCAAAAAGAGAAAUACAUGAUAAUAAUAAUAGUAAUAGUAAUUAUAAUCAUGGUGAUGAAACAAUAAAUAUAAUAGAGGGUAACAAAUAUAAACGUAAAAAUAAAAAGGAAAAGAAGACGGGACUUAAACUUUUAUCACAUUUAAUAUUUCACCGUGGGUUUCUUAAAAGAUCAAAUAUCAAAAAAGUUAGAACUAAAUUGUUAUCAAAUAAAAGAGGGCCCAAAUUUAGAAAUAAAAAUGAAUUCAAUUCCUAUUUAAACUAUAUUGAUUUGAUAUCGUUAGUAAAUGACGAGUAUAAGAACGAAUAUGCAUCAAAUGAAAAGGCAUUAAUGAAUGAUAUCAGCAAUAUAAUAUUUCCGCAUAGAAAUAGAUAUCGGUCAAACCACUUCCAUGAACCUUCAAUCCUCCCAAAAAGUAUCACAUUAUACAAACCCAUAAAUAAUAAUCAAAUUGUGGUAAACAAAGUCUUACCUAGAGACGUUUAUUUAAAUAGUGACUAUUCCAAACUUUUAAAGAAUCAAUUUACUCAAAUAUUGAAUACUUCCAAAUUCCAUAAUUCAACAAUACGAAGGAAAUUGUCAACAAGAAAGCAAACAUCAAAUACAUUAAAUAAAGUUCAUAAUAGACAAGAUUUGAAAAGAUCAAAAACUCUUCCGAAUAACUAUCAAUACAACACCUCAAAACUCAAUACGCAUGAUAAUAACAAUUAUGACGAUAAGGAUAUCAAAGAAACAUGGUCACAAUAUUUGCAAGCUGUUGUUACACAAAGGAUAAGAUUAAGACUUUCAUUACUUAAAAGUCAACCACCACCCUCUAUUAUAUCGUCAACAAACUCAUCCAUACAUUCUGGCCCUAGUCAAGAAAGAAUCAAAAACCAUUAA